AUGAUACAACUAAGGCAUGAUCCUCCUAUUCCAACAGACAGUGACGAUGAAAAAAUUCUGGCUGAAGUCUAUGGUUCAAAGGCGCCAUCCUCUGAUCCAACUGAGUCUCUUUCAGUGGCAGAGACAGCACACCCAGAUUCUACAUCCUUCAAAAUCAGAGAAGUCACCAAGCUUCUAGCAUCCUCUACUGUCCAUGGGUCUGAGACCAGCAAUUCUAGGACAGGAGUUCCAGAGAAAGUUGCUGUGGAUGCUGGUGCUGAGCCCACAAAGUCUACCCAGCCAGAGAAGAGAAGAAGAUCGGUUGAUACAGAGAAAGCUGAAAGUGAUCCGCUAGUCAGACAAGUUUUUAAGACCCUGCGGUCUUCUGUUAAAAGUAAAGCUCCUACGGUUGUUUCAUCAACAACAAGCAGAAAAAUGAAAGUUGCUUCAAAGCCAAGAGGAAGGAGUGUUACUCCUGAUGUGCAGAAUGCUCCUAUUGUCGUCCUAGAGAGUCCUGAUACUUCUGUCUACAAGCCACAGUUUGUUUCUGAUGCUGCCAAAGACAAGUGUUCUACGAUGGUGAAGAGAGAACUGAUUGUCCAAAGAUCAGUUGAUGAGAAUCAGCUGAAUUCAGUUUGUGAUGUAUUGCCCCUUCUGAGUGAGGUUGGUCUGCUGAAGACAGUGACAUCUGUUUGUUGUUACUCGAAGUUGCUGACUUAUGAAUUCUACUACAACCUAAAUGAAGAGGUUGACAAUCUUACUAGCGAGAGGUGCAUGCAAAUCUUCAUUCGGGGUAAGUGGUAUGUGUUUGGACCGGAUAUGAUCAAUCAGUAUUAUGGGUUGAAGACAGUUGAGGAAGACGAAAUUUCUGACUGGGAUUUGGUUGCUAAGACCCUGACUAGAGGACUGGCACCUAUAUGGCCAACUGGUGAUAAUGAUACCUUGUCCAGCUCUCAAUUCACCUCUAAGUUUGUUAUCCUACACCAGAUUGCUUUGCACAACUGGCUGCCAUCUGCGCAUUUUCAUACAGUCAGCAAGCCUCUAGCUGCUCUUCUGUUUCGAGUUGGCACCAAGAUGACCAUUGAUUUAGAGAAAUGGAUCUUCUAUCAUAUUCUCACAUUGAUACAUCCUAGGGAAUAG